AUGACUACACACGUCCGCAUCGUCGAAGUCGGCGCCCGAGAUGGCCUGCAAAACAUCUCCCAGCAAGUCCCGACAGACGUCAAGAUAGAGCUGCUUCGCAGACUUUACGAUGCUGGACUGGAGACGAUAGAAGUUACAUCCAUCGUGUCGCCCAAGGCUGUUCCACAGCUACAAGAUUGUCGCGCCGUCUUGUCGAGUCCACCGGUGCAAGCGCUUCUCAGAGAUGCAUCGCUACGUCUUCCGGUUUUGGUCCCGAACAGAAAGGGCUUCGAUAUUGCCCGUCAGCUGGGUGUUAAAGAAGUCGCUGUGUUUGUGAGCGCAUCGGAGGGCUUCAGCAGGGCCAACAUCAAUUGUACCGUGGACCAAGGAGUCGCCAGAGCACGUCUCGUCUGUGAAGAAGCCAAGAAGUUUGACUGCAAGGUUCGCGGCUAUGUAUCUUGCAUCUUUGAAGACCCCUUCGAUGGACGGACUCCUCCGGCCGCCGUUCUCAAGGUCGUACAGACCCUCCUCGACAUGGGCUGCUACGAAGUCAGUCUCGGUGACACCCUGGGAGUCGGAUCCCCCAAAGACGUGCGCAACCUCCUUCAUCUCCUCAAGACAAACGAUGUCCCCUUCGAUCGGAUAGCCGGUCACUUCCACGAUACAUAUGGGCAAGCUCUCGCCAACGUUUGGGAGGCUUAUACCUGGGGAAUUAAAGUGUUUGACAGCAGCGUUGCUGGCCUGGGCGGAUGUCCCUUUGCGCCCGGGGCCAAAGGCAAUGCUUCUACCGAGGACUUGGUCUACAUGUUUGACCGAGCUGGUGUUCAUACGGGAGUUAAUCUCUCCAAACUCGCAGCGGUCGGGGCUUGGAUCUCGGACAAGUUGUCGCAGCCAACUUCAAGUCGCGUCGGCGCUGCCUUGUCAUCCAAGGAGCGGCGUGUGAAGAAACCACGAGAGAAGACCCACGGACCGUUGACCUGGGAGCGUGUCAAAGAAACGGACGGUCUCAUCGUUGAUCAAUCGGGAGCGAAUCUGAGAGUCACCAUGAACCGACCGCGCAACGGCAACGCUCUCACCACCGCCAUGAUCGAAGACCUGACGUCUAUCUUCCGAGACGUUGCUAGCGACAGGAGCGUCAAUCGCAUCGCGCUCACAGGCAGUGGCAAGUUCUUCUGUACGGGUAUGGAUCUUAGCAAGAGCACUCCCGUCGGCGGGAAUGACGAUGUCGCCCAGGCGCAGUUCAACAGACUCGAGCGUCUUUUUGACACGAUUGACAAGAGCCCCAAGGUGACAAUCGCCGCUCUCAACGGACCGGCAUUUGGAGGCGGAGUCGGCCUAGCAUUUGCCUGCGAUCUUCGACUCUGUGUCAAAGGCGCCAAGGUCACACUGAGUGAAGCCAAACUCGGUCUUUGUCCUGCGACAAUCUCCAAGUAUGUGAUCCGGGAAUGGGGCGUACCUUUUGCUCGAGAAGCAAUCUUGACAGCAAGGCCCGUGACUCCAUCAGAGCUGCACGCCAAGGGAGUAGUUAUGAGUGUCGUGGAGGAUCAGACCAAGUUAAACGAGGCCCUGGAUUCUUGGCUGGUCAAACUACGAACUGUGUCGCCUGAAGCACUCCGAAUGUCCAAGGAAUUGAUCGCGUCAGCCUGGACCCACGGAGGACACCCAGAGCAGGCUGACACUAUCAAGACUCUCUUCAACGAGAUGAUGAAGCCAUCCGCGCCCGGUCAUUUCGGUGUCAGCGAGUUCCAAGCAGGACGAGCAGUAGAUUGGGACGCACCACGCACGCGCAGCAAGCUCUAG